GUAAAAAGACAUUCACACAGCAAAGGAAUACGGAAAACUAGUGAAGCAAAAAGUUGCUAAUCAAAAAAGUGAAAAUAAAGUAUUUAGAAAUAAAUUGUCGAUAAAGAAAAAACUGAAAAACGGACACUUGCGCGUGUAUAAACAAAGAAGACAUGUUAUCGUUUUGUAAAUGCAUAUAUAUAAUAUUACUAACAAUAAUUUUAACACUAAUGGUGGUACUGGCUACAAAUGUACCACUGCCGGCAAGAAAAAUCCCUCUUGCUGGCACUUCACCAAGGGUAACUUAUGGAUUUAUGCAAAAUCGUUUAUCACACGAUGGUCAAAGGCAAACGGAAUGGUCAAAGGAGUUCUUAGCGAAACGUGAAGCGAUGCCACACUCAGCACCUUACACUGUAUCAAUACAAUUAAUGACACCAGACCAAGGCCUUGUACAUUACUGCGCCGGGACUAUAAUCAAUGAACAUUGGAUAUUAACGGCAGCUCACUGCCUCAGUUCGAGGCAAGUAGUUGAAAACUCUGUUAUUGUUGCGGGUUCACAUGACAUACAUGCAACAGAGGAACAAGAGCAUGUGCAAAUGCGUCAUAUCGAUUAUUACGUCGUGCAUGAAUUGUAUUUAGGUGGUGUCAAUCCAUACGACAUUGCAUUAAUCUACACUAAAUCACCAUUACAAUUCAACAAAUAUGUGGAAGCUGCACAACUGCCUACACAAAAUGAACAACCUGAAGGUUAUGGCACACUGUACGGUUGGGGUAAUGUAUCCAUGACUGCGGUUCCUAACUAUCCACAUAAACUGCAAGAAGCUAACAUGCCAAUAUUAGAUUUGGAACUAUGUGAAAAAGUGUUGGAAGCACAGGGAUUCUCACUACACGAAACUAAUUUGUGCACUGGUCCUUUAAGUGGCGGUGUUAGCAUAUGCACAGCAGAUUCUGGCGGCCCGCUUAUACAAGAAUGUUGCACGUUUUUUGAUAAGACAUACACCGUUAUUGGCAUUGUGUCUUGGGGCAAAAUACCUUGCGGUCAGAAAAAUGCACCAUCUGUAUUUGUCCGUGUAUCGGCUUUCACAGAUUGGAUCAAUCAGAUCAUUACAACUGCAACCCGCAUUGAAUAGUAACAAAAAUCAAAAAUAUGAACCAAAGGCUGCCAACCGAAGACUCGAAGAAUAGUAAAUAAGAUAUUUAAAUAUUAGUCAAAAAAAAAAAAUAAAUAAUUUAUUUAUUGUAUGUA